GUGUACAGAUAGGAGUAUAAUUUGUAAUUAAUUGGGAUGGCGACAGGUGACAAUAUACAUGUAGCUUUAUGACAAUACCCCGAGGUUUCCAAGAUUGAAAAGAAAGAGCUUGUGGCAGUUGUACUCAGUUUUAAAGUGACCACUGUGAGGGAUCUAUGUGAAACGGACAUCAAUGCAAUUUUUGUGCCACGGACUACCAUCAUGAAGGAGCUACACAGCCAUCAGAUAUUCCGACCGCCAAGAUUUCUUCAAAAAGUAAAACAGACGCGGAGGGUGACAGUCGAGGGACAUGUUGAUUCGACUAGUAUUGUGGGUGACUAUAGUCCAGGGAUGAAGUCGACACCAGUGAGGAGGUUCACACUAGACAACAAGUUACUUAGCACCCCAGAAUGUUACUCAGCAGUACAGAUGGACCUCCCAGGCUACCAGAUGACUUGUGACAAGUUCCGUGGGGAUUUCAUUGGACUUGAUGAUGAGGACAGCAGUAGUGUCACAGUGGCUGUCAGAAUCCGUCCUUUUUUACAGAGAGAGAUCGGUGAUCAGCUGUCAAGAUGUGUGGUUUCAAUGUCUGGAAAUGAAGCAUCAGUGACCACAUCUUCUGGUAUCCUUCAUAAGUUUGCCUACGACUACGCCUUCAACUCUCUGGACAGUAACCUAGGGGACUAUGCCAGUCAGGAGCAUGUGUACCGUCUCCUGGCCCAGCCUCUGUUAGGGAAGGCUUUUGAGGGAUACAACACAUGUUUGUUUGCCUACGGACAGACAGGAAGUGGCAAGAGCUACAGCAUCAUGGGCCAUGGCAAUGAGGUUGGAAUCAUACCCCGAUUCUGUGAGGAGCUGUUCUGUAGGGCGGAUGUAACUAGAGACUCGGAUAAGGUGAAGAUCAAUGUGGAAAUCAGUUUCUUUGAGAUCUACAAUGAGAAGAUCCAUGACCUUCUGGCCUCAUACAAAGACAAGGGAGGCAGGAAACCUACACUGAAGGUGCGAGAACACCCAUCACUCGGUCCCUACGUCGAGGGAUUAUCUACCUACGUCACCAAUUCCUUUGAGGAUGUUGAGGGCUGGAUAAACUUGGGAAACAAGAAUCGUGCUACUGCUGCUACAGGGAUGAAUGACAAGAGCAGUCGAUCUCAUUCUGUCUUCACAUUGGUUCUCACGCAGACUCGAACAGAGGAAUUGGAGGGAGAAGAACAUGAUCACUCUACUACCAGUAAAAUCAACCUUGUCGACCUCGCUGGCAGUGAACGCCAGUCUCAGGCCAACACAUCGGGUCAAAGGUUAAGGGAAGGAGCCAAUAUCAACAAGUCACUGCUGACCCUAGGCAAAGUGAUCAGCUCUCUAUCUGACCAAGCUCUCAGUAACAACAGGAAGAGGAAGUCUUACAUCCCUUAUAGGGACUCCGUCCUCACAUGGUUACUGAAGGAGAGUCUGGGAGGAAACUCGAAGACGGCCAUGAUUGCCACCGUCAGUCCUUCCUGUCAACACAUCGAGGAGACUCUCAGUACACUCCGAUAUGCCAGUCAAGCCAGGUCCAUUGUCAACAUGGCGCGUGUUAACGAGGAUCCUAAGGCCAAGAUCAUUCGGGAGCUGAGGGCUGAGAUAGAGAGACUGAAGAACCACUCUGUGUAUAUGACUGACGACACGCAUACCGCCAGUCUCGUGGAGAUCGCCAGUCUCAAGGAGAGGCUGCUGACACGGGAACGGGAGAUGGAGGAAAUCACCAGGUCAUGGCAGCAGCGAUUGAGACAGUCCGAGGAAAGGAAGGUAGCCGAAUCAAAACAACUGGAGAAAUCGGGUGUGGCCUUCAAAGUAGACAACAAGCAGCCUAACUUGGUGAACCUGAAUGAAGAUCCCCAGCUGUCGGAGAUGUUACUAUACAUCAUACGCGAGGGCCAGACUCGUGUGGGACGUAUGUGUGCCAGCUCAGACCAUGAAAUACAGCUCAGUGGUGCCCUCAUUGCUGACAACCAUUGCAUCAUCAACAAUGUGGACAGUGUUGUAACCGUCACACCGAUCGGGGACGCUCCUACAUACGUCAAUGGCAAUAGUAUAUCAGAGCCUUCCAUCCUUCAUCAUGGAGACCGUGUGAUACUUGGAGGGGACCACUACUUCAGGUUUAAUCAUCCUAAAGAAGUGACCAACAAGGUGCCCGCCUCCAGUCAUGAGAUGAGAGAUUUUGACUUUGCCAGGCAGGAACUGAUACAGGUUCAGGAGGCAAGGCUGCAGGCAGAACUUGAGGAAGCUCGUCGUCAGGCUCAGGAGGAAAUGAUGCAGGAAGUGGAAAAGGCCAAAAAGGAAGCAGAGCAAGUCCUCAAUACGCAAAAGUCUGGAUAUGAGGGUAAACUGAAAAAGCUGGAGAAAGUUGUCAAGGAUCAGUCCCAAGAGGUCCAGCGUGCAGAACAGUCAAGACAAGAGGCUCAGGGGCUCAUAGAGGAGCUCAAGAAACAAAAAAUAAUGCUAGAACAAGAAGUGUUUGCUGGAAGAAGACGACAGGAGAUGGAAGCGAAGGUUGCUAAAAAGGUGGCUGACCAUGUGUCAAGUCAAAAAACCCCACUAAUCAUCCUGCUCGAGGAGGAGAAGCAGAAGGUAGCUAUGAGAUUGGAAUCACUCAAGCUAAAACGUCAAGAACUUACCCUAUCUAAACGUUACCAGGCGAUGGACGCUCAGCCUGGGAAAGCUGACUUGUACAAGGUGGCUCUGUUACUGCGGGAGGCAAACAGGAUUAGCCAGUACCUCAAGAAAAAUAUGGAGUUUAGCCGCGAGGACUACAUGGAGGAAACUAACCAUGUUAAGACGUUGAUUAAAGUCACAGACACAAACCUGGCUGUAUGUACCUUCUGGACCCUUCCCAAGUUUGAGGAGAAACUCAUGCAGAUGAGGGAUCUAUACCAGAAUGACGCUGAUAAUUCUGCAGAUGAUGAAGUCUUUCACGAUCCUGGUGAUACAUGGGAACAUGAUCAGAAAAACUCGCCUUGCAAGUCUCCCCGCAGUAGAUACAACAGCCUGGGGCUGAGUCCCUCCCAGUGGAACCGGUCUUCUACACUGUGUAGUGUCUCCAGUCUCAACAGUACCUCUAGGAGUGUGUCCAGUGUCGCUGACCUCCAGUCAGGCAUGUCCAGCAUUGGUGACCUCAAUAUAGGCAUGACCAGUGUCAGUGACGUCCAGUCAAGUGUAGACCAGGAGAUACAGACAAACUCUGGAGUCCAGACAGCCAGCCUCUGUAUCAAGCUAGUGAGAGACCACAUUGACAGCUGUCAUGGAUUCUAUUAUGAGGAGAGUAUAGGGGACAAGCUGCUCAGCUGCUGUAAUAAAAUCCUCCAGGGAGUCAGUGUCAUACAAGAUUACAGUCAGCAAAUACAGACCUCAUUUACAGACUGUGAUGAAAACAGCACCAUACAAAAAACCUGUAUUGAACUGGUCAAUCUCCUCCAGUCCCUGACCUCCCUUUGGGCCAUGUGGUCAUCCAUGUACUCUGGACAGUACUCGGCCAUCAGCAGUCUGACUGACAGAUUCCGUGGGCAGGUCAAGGUCAUUGGUAACCAGAUGGUGCUUCUUUUCCAAGGCUGUCAGAAUGACCUUGAGCGUCUGGUACAGGACUCGAGUAUCAAGUUAAAGGACAGCGUGUUAGAUGUGUGUCGCCUGGUCGGGGAGAUGUCCCUAGCCACAGACAUGGCCAUGCUGAGUCUGGACAGGUGUGCCAAGGAACUGGAACCAGUGCUCUGUGGAGAGGUUUGCCAGUCCUUCCUGUCUGGGUGUGACCUGCUGGUGGACAAAAGCCUACAGAGUGCAAUCAGAACAAUGGAGGACCACGAGAGGAGGGCCCAGGAGUUCACCGAGACAACAGCACCUUACCAGAAACUAGAGGAGGUACCACAGAAUGUGAAGAUUCUCAUAUCAACGUGCAAGAUCCUCCUCAACAAGUGUCAGACUAUACAGAUGGAGGUGGAUCUAUCCCUGAAGGACGGAGGUGACAAUGUGCCGAGUCAAUACUACAGUCUGGGAUACCGUCGCUCACAAGGAAUGAUCAGUCAAGUGAACAACCUACUGGACACAGUCAGUCUACUGUUACAGAGUGUUACACCAGUAAUGGAGGGUAAAACAGAUGAUGUGCGAAAGGUUUGUCGCUGUUCUGAGCUGAUACAAAAAGGUACAGCCAAGUUGAUGGCAGUUUCUGGACAGGACAACAGCCUGCUGCUCCAGACAAGUUGUAGUAGUGACCUUACCAAUGUGUCCGUGUUGUCCGACUCCCAAACGGAACGAUUAGAAUUUGCUGCUCAGGAUGUUAACCUGGCUGCAGGUGCUCUUAUAGAACAGGCCAAGGAAAUUAUAGACCUUGAGAAACUUAUCUCUACACCAAGAGGAAAACGCUUGUUACCGGUGUCUCCAGAGAAGGGAGGUAACUCUCUUCUGUCACCACUACGCAGCAUGUCUGUGAAAAGGAAUAUAUCUCUGUUAGCUUCUGCUGGACAUUCCUAAUGAUCACAUCUACCAGACAUUCACAACAUAUUUUGUGAUUUCAUCACACCUAUAGUCUUCCAUUGUCUUACCAAAGUAAUUAUGAAUGCUGUCACAUGUCUAUACAUUGACCAUUGUCAAAUGAAGAAGAUUACUAUGGCUUUCCAAUUUCUAUAACCAAGGUGCUUCAUGUAUGAGACAUUUGCUAUUUAACUAGGAACAGAUGUUUAUUUAUUAAGAAAUCAUAAUUAUUUUCCAUAGAUUAUUAUAUGUCUGAUAUAAUAUUUUAGGUGUGUAUUACUGUACGUACCUGACGUAACAGAGUUUAUCAGUUUGUGUAUAGAUGUUUCUAGUGCUAGGCUAUCUGGGUGUGUUGUCAUGUGGAAAAUAAUAUCGAGGGCAGAUUUUGUUACUUUACCGGGAGAUUUUGAGUGAUGUCUGUGGGGUAUCUGCUGACAACAGACCAGAUUUUGUUACUUUAUCGGGAGGUUCUGUGAUGUCUGUUGUAUCUGCUGACAACAAACCAAGUUUUGUUUCUUUAUUGGGAGAUUCUGUGAUGUCCACAUGGUAUCUUCUGACAACAGAACAUGUUUUGUUACAAGAGUCAUUAACUGAUAUUUAUGUGUUUUGUUAACAGGUGUUUCUAUGAUUAUUCACUAUUAGUGUUUCUCUCUAUGAUUAUCCACUAUUAGUGUUUCUCUCUAUGAUUAUCCACUAUGAGUGUUUCUCUCUAAGAUUAUCCACUAUGAGUGUUUCUCUUUAAGAUUAUCCACUAUUAGUGUUUCUCUCUAAGAUUAUCCACUAUUAGUGUUUCUCCCUAAGAUUAUCCACUAUUAGUGUUUCUCUCUAAGAUUAUCCUCUAUUUGUGUUUCUCUCUAAGAUUAUCCACUAUUAGUGUUUCUCUCUAAGAUUAUCCACUAUUAGUGUUUCUCUCUAAGAUUAUCCACUAUAAGUGUUUCUAAGAUUAUCCACUAUUAGUGUUUCUCUAAGAUUAUCCACUAUUAGUGUUUCUCUCUAAGAUUAUCCACUAUGAGUGUUUCUCUCUAAGAUUAUCCACUAUAAGUGUUUCUAAGAUUAUCCACUAUUAGUGUUUCUCUCUAAGAUUAUCCACUAUGAGUGUUUCUCUCUAAGAUUAUCCACUAUGAGUGUUUCUCUCUAAGAUUAUCCUCUAUAAGUGUUUCUAAGAUUAUCCACUAUUAGUGUUUCUCUAAGAUUAUCCACUAUUAGUGUUUCUCUCUAAGAUUAUCCACUAUGAGUGUUUCUCUCUAAGAUUAUCCUCUAUAAGUGUUUCUAAGAUUAUCCACUAUUAGUGUUUCUCUCUAAGAUUAUCCACUAUGAGUGUUUCUCUCUAAGAUUAUCCACUAUGAGUGUUUCUCUCUAAGAUUAUCCUCUAUAAGUGUUUCUAAGAUUAUCCACUAUUAGUGUUUCUCUAAGAUUAUCCUCUAUUAGUGUUUCUCUCUAAGAUUAUUCACUAUUAGUGUUUCUCUCUAAGAUUAUCCACUAUUAGUGUUUCUCUCUAAGAUUAUCCACUAUUAGUGUUUCUCUCUAUGAUUAUCCACUAUUAGUGUUUCUCUCUAAGAUUAUCCACUAUUAGUGUUUCUCUCUAAGAUUAUCCACUAUGAGUGUUUCUCUCUAAGAUUAUCCACUAUGAGUGUUUCUCUCUAAGAUUAUCCUCUAUAAGUGUUUCUAAGAUUAUCCACUAUUAGUGUUUCUCUAAGAUUAUCCACUAUUAGUGUUUCUCUCUAAGAUUAUCCACUAUGAGUGUUUCUCUCUAAGAUUAUCCUCUAUAAGUGUUUCUAAGAUUAUCCACUAUUAGUGUUUCCCUCUAAGAUUAUCCACUAUGAGUGUUUCUCUCUAAGAUUAUCCACUAUGAGUGUCAUUAACUGAUAUUUAUGUGUUUUGUUAACAGGUGUUUCUAACAUUAUCCACUAUUAGUGUUUCUCUCUAAGAUUAUCCUCUAUAAGUGUUUCUCUCUAAGAUCAUCCACUAUAAGUGUUUCUCUCUAUGAAUAUCCACUAUUAGUGUUUCUCUCUAAGAUUAUCCACUAUUAGUGUUUCUCUCUAUGAUUAUCCACUAUUAGUGUUUCUCUCUAAGAUUAUCCACUAUCAGUGUUUCUCUCUAAGAUUAUCCUCUAUUUGUGUUUCUCUCUAAGAUUAUCCACUAUUAGUGUUUCUCUCUAAGAUUAUCCACUAUUAGUGUUUCUCUCUAUGAUUAUCCACUAUUAGUGUUUCUCUCUAAGAUUAUCCACUAUUAGUGUUUCUCUCUAAGAUUAUCCACUAUGAGUGUUUCUCUCUAAGAUUAUCCACUAUGAGUGUUUCUCUCUAAGAUUAUCCUCUAUAAGUGUUUCUAAGAUUAUCCACUAUUAGUGUUUCUCUCUAAGAUUAUCCACUAUGAGUGUUUCUCUCUAAGAUUAUCCACUAUGAGUGUUUCUCUCUAAGAUUAUCCUCUAUAAGUGUUUCUAAGAUU